AUGUCGGCCCGUCUUCCAUCCUCUUCUUCGUUCGCCUGCACCGCCUUCCUUCUCGAUCUCUUCUUGAUUCUUAUAUUUCGUAUGACGCGGCUGUCCGUCUGCUCAGUCUUGGGUCGUUUGUAUGCAGAUUUGGGCUAUACGUGCUCUGCUUCGGCCCGCCGGGCUCACCCAACCGUCGCGGCCGGGGCUCACCCAACCGUCAGAAUGGAUCAUACACCUCUAAAGGAAAUCACGCCUCACUCACAUCAAUGGACUGUACGAGUUAGAGCCGUCAGGUUUUCUGAAUGCAAGAACAAAGAACAGCCACCUAAAAUUGUCAGAGUUGAUUUUAUUCUCAUUGAUGAGCAGGGAACGACCAUGGAAGCUCAGAUUCCUCAGAAUUGGAUACACAUGUUCAUGCCCCAGCUAAAAGAGGCCUCUUUGUACUAUAUUCAGUUCUUCCAGGUGGUCAGUGCACGUACAACAUAUCGACCUGUUGAUCAUCCGUUUCUAGCACGCUUCACUGUGCACACAAGGGUCCGUGAAAUCACAACGAUACCACCCACAUUUCCUGAGUAUGCAUACAGAGUAGCACCGUUCGAGGUCCUCAGGGCCAGAAAGCAAAUUACUGAAUAUUGUUCAGAUACUAUCGGCGUGCUGCAGGGAUGCACACAUGUUAGAAUGCAAAAUACAAGAGGAGGACCAAAGGCAAUCCGAAAUGUACGCAUAACAGAUGGAAAGGAUACCAUGGUAGUUGCUCUUUGGGGUGAACAGGCCGAGAACUUUGAUGCUGAGCGGUAUAUGGAAAUGGCUACACGUGAACCAGUUAUAUUCCUCUUUGCUGGUGUUACAGCUUCUAUGUUCAACGGAAAUGUGUCCCUACAAGGAUCUUCGGUGUGCAAAUGGUACGUCAAUCCUCACAUACCAGAGGUUGCAGCUUUACGAGACAGCUGCAUUGGUCGAACUCCAACGCCCAUAUGGGAUGGACCAGGCACGAGCCAGGCAGCAACAGAAAAUAUAACUGUUGCAGACCUUUCUACAUUUGAUAAUCCCCAUGUCAUCUAUGGCAAUAGAUAUAUUGUCAAAGUUAAAAUAAAGAAUGUCCUCACCGACACGUCAUGGUGGUACCGACUGUCUAUAGUUGCAGUAGACCCAGCAGCCUCAGCAAACACCGACGCUACGCCAACUAUAGAACUGGUCUUCUUUGGGCCCAUAGCAGAGGAGAUAAUUGGAAUGCCAGUCGAUGCUCUCAUCGCCAUGGAUGGUCCUUCCAGUGCAUUUCUGCCGACUCGAAUCCCAGCUCUCUAUGGAAGACAAUUUGAGCUUCGUGUCAGUGCCUCGCCCAUGUCACUACAAAGAAUUGGCAUUAUUUAUCAAGUCGAUACUGUUUUAGCCACCGGAGACACAUCUUUCUUACACCAGAAUCCACAACUGCCAGAGGAGCUUCCUAUUGUCUCUGCCUCUGACACACAGGCUACGAUUGACACACAGUUGGAUCAGCCCUCACUUUCUGAUGCCCACGCAACCCCACCUCCUCAGCAUGUUCACCUAACUCCAGAGAUCACAGACAUCCAUCCAGACGAAAAAAAGAAAAGAGCUAUUGGAGACGUCGCCGCUCAUGAAACUCAUGAUGGAUCCAGUGGUACUGGUGCCAACAAGGAUCGUAACGUCCAUAGGCGCCUUGAGCUAUAG